AUGGCCUUAUCACAACUCGAUGCAUUUUUGCGCACGCGGAAAGGGUUAACAGAGAAAGGCGGAACGCACUGGGUUGUUGGGAAUGAAGCUGGGGAUAUGGACAGUGUGGCCUGUGCUAUCGGAUUUGCCUACCUGUCCGUAUUUGUGAAUCCCUCCGGCCCGCAAUGGAUCCCCGUCGUGCAAACGAAUCGCGCAGACCUUGCUCUGCGUCCGGAGAACCUGCUUGCGCUGCACCAGGCAGGUAUAGACGCAGGCUCACUGUGCUGCUUGGAUGAUGUGCAUGGGUUUGGAGACGAGUCACAGGUAAUUCUUGUGGACCACAACCAAGUAUCGGGAAUAUUUGAAAAGGCACAUGUAGUCGGCAUUAUCGAUCACCACUGGGACGAGCAAAAGCAUACGAACGUUCCUAUGCGACUGAUCUGCUCACCUGAAUAUGCGAGCUCCUGUGCAAGUGUCCUGUCUCUUUACUUUGAGCCUCAGCUGCCCAAAAGUCCACCGCUCGUACGAGCGGUCGCUGACCUGCUCCUUUCUGCGAUUUUCUUGGACACUUCGGGACUCUCUGAUGAGAAUGACAGGACCAUGAAAGUAGAUCGCAUGGCGGCUGACUUCUUGAUCAAACACUCGUCUUUCACAAACAAAGAAGCACGCACAGCAUAUUUUCAGCAACUUGCUACGGCCAAAAGUGACACGUCGCAACUUACCAUUAACCAGAAAUUGCGUCGCGACUAUAAGGCGUUCAAAGCCAAAGGCAGUGGCUCAUCUACGUGGGCAAUUGGAACGGCAAGCAUUACUGAGCCUCUGCCCGCUUUUUUGACUGACAAUGUUGCAGAAGCUUUGACAGAGCUACAGUGCUUUGCGACGAAGCGAGCGCUCCACCUUCUUUUUGUUCUUGCGGGCUUUGUCGAUGCAGAAGGCAAUUCGCAUCGCCAACUGCUCUGCUUCAGUCCUUCUGCAGAGCACAAUGCACAGGCGCUGGGAGAGGCACUGGGCGCUUACCGCGAGCAAAAGGUGGACCUCGUGCCUUUGGGCCUUAACAAGCCAAGCCAGCUGCCCAAUGUGUAUUAUGCUGCGUGGGAACAGCGAGACGAAAGCGUAACGCGGAAACAAUUUAUUCCCAUAAUCCAAACACUAUGUGCAACUAUGGAAAACAAGUAG